AUGAAGAACUCGCUCCCGACAACCGCCAAGGUAUCCAAGGAGGCGAAGGAGUGCGUGCAGGAGUGUGUCUCAGAGUUCAUCUCCUUCAUCACCUCUGAAGCUGCCGAGAAGUGUCUCAACGAGAAGCGCAAGACGAUCAACGGCGAGGACAUCCUGACCUCGAUGCGUGCCCUGGGUUUCGACAACUACGAGGGCGUCCUCAAGGUCUACCUCGCCAAGUACCGCGAGCACCAGAUCAACCAGGCCAAGCAGCGCAGCGCUGCUGCCGAGAACGACGAGGAUCUGAAGCGCUCCGGUGGCGCGGAGGACGAUGACGAGAGGAAAAAGAAGAAGAAGAAGGAGUAA